GGUUUCAGGUUCACUCAGACUUUCACACGUGCUUGUUUACUAGCUUGUUGUGCUGUGACGUUUCACUCCUCCGCGCCUCGCUCUAACAGACACACUGUCGCUUUUGCUGCGCCGUAACCUGACCCAGCUGUUGUUCUAAGGACGUCUGUAACCAUGGCAACAGCCUGUAUAAUUCAUAACCCGCAGAGGGGAAAACGUGGAGCAGGUAAGUUGUGCUGGAGCUGCGUUCAUCGCGCAGGUGUGAGCAUUCGCUACGGCCGGCGACCUUGUUUUCCUUCCCCUUCCUCUGUGGACCUGUGCCAGUCUGUGGGGAUGUCUGCUGGAGCAGAGCUUUCCUCUGAAGACGCGAGUCGCUUCUACCGCAACGCAGGUGGAGCACGGGCAGCGAUGGAGAAGAUUGCCAGAGGUGACAACAGCUGGGCAUGUGUUGGUGAAAACAUUGUGGAUGUUCUCUUAGAAAUGGAAAGGGAGAGGGAAAGGGAGGAACAGCUGUACUGGGACCUGCAGCUGCUAAAUGUUGGAAACCUCGACCGGCUCUGUCCGAUGCACCAAAGCACACACCCAGAUCGUUUCCCAACACGUUACGACCCAUCAGAUUCAGAGCCAUCGCAGUCGGUUCUGCAUAGGAGGGUGAGGAGGUUAAAGAGAGCAGCCAGGCACUGCUGGGCCGAACUGGCGUCAGAGGGCUUGCGAACCAUGGUGCCCUCUCCCUGGCAGGGUGGAAGGCCAGGGGUCAAAGUUCACGCCUGGGGCCGCGUCUCCCCGCCAGAUCUCGUCUUCUUGGUGGAAGUCAAGUAUGACGUUGUGGCCCGCUUGCUUUUCACAGAAAUGCUCCAGGAGCAUCACACCCUCAGUUCCUGGCAAAGCCUGCUGCCAUGGCAGCAGCACAAGGAGCACGAGGGGCUGGAGGAGCUGGCGGAGGAGGUUUUGCUAUCAGGUGACAUGCUCCAUUUGGCGGAGCUGCCAGGAGCUUUUAGGAUAUACAGGGCCUGUCAGGGGGAGUCUGAGGAGCAAUCCUGGUCGGCCAUGUCUCUCCUGUAUGAGCUACGCGCGUGUCGCGAACACGAAAGGGACGCAAUCACAGCCCUGGGAGAGCGGCUGGACAGAGAGAGCUUGAGACUGCUGUGUUCACACAUCCGGUUGGCGACGCUCAGAGCUCAGAGAGAAAGCACGUCACAGGCAGCUCUUAUGGCGGCCCGGCAGUCCUGGGAGGCGUGGCCCCAUAUAAACAGUCCAUGCAGACGUCAGCAGGCGCUUCUGUGGCUGCAGGCUGAAGAGGAGGAGACAAAUGAAGACGUGACGUCGGCCUCACCACAGCAGCACUCAGUGCUGCAGCUGCUGGUGCUGAGUCAGGAGCAGGAAAGAAGGCACCUGGUCAGGUUGGUACACGGACUGUCCCCGGAGGACUUGCAAGGAGACACAGCUCCUGCAAAAGAAGAGGGCAACCAGCAAGCUGCAUUAAGAAAGGGCUGUAUUAACAGGCUGAGGGAACUCCAUGACAGGCUGCAGACACAGAAUGAGACCAGGGCUCCUUUAGAGCAAGCUGACCUCGCACGCGGGUCUGAGGCCCAGCCCCAAAUGAGCAGUAACCCAGCAAUGUGGUCCCAGCACCAGGUGGAAGCCUGUGCCCUGCUCCUCUUGACCCACUUGCUGGAGCUUCAGGAGGCGCAAGCGUCUGCGUUACUCUCAGGUCUGACGGACAUGAGUGUGCAGCAGAUCCAAGUUCUACAAGCCAAGUAUGAGCGUGACCUUCAAGCACAGAGCUGCGCCAACCUGCUCCAGCUCCUGGAGCCUGAUGCGCCUCUGAACCCAGGCUCUUUACUCAUGCCUGCUUCAUCCAUAAUCAACCACAGCAGCAGUGACCGACCGACAACUCCAGAACCUCCAGAACCCCACAACAGCAGUGAUGAGCCGGCACACUCUCUGCAGUACAAUUCAGCCAGUGUCCAAGCUGCUGAUGGGACCGUCAAACAGGACGUCUGCACAGGUUGUGGAGCCGUCAUGGAGGAGCUGCCCUACUUGGAGAUCUCGUGCAUGGGGAAAGAGGCCGAGGAGGAGGAAGACGGAAGCAUGAGGGCCCAGAGCUACGAGAAGCAGGGGUCUCUGAUCACCCUGGCUUGGAGCCGACCGCCAGAUGGGGGCACCGACUGUGAGGCGGAAUCUGCAGAUGGAGUCGCAGCACAGAGUGAGAGCGCUACACAGACCAGGGUCCAGUCCAGCGACAUCAGCAGCACGGCUGAACACACGCAGUCCGACGAGACCUCGGCAGAGAGCUACGAUGAAGAGGCCGCAGAGCAGCAGCGCAGCCCACACGGAAAGCUGACCUCAGAGGAGGGGCCAGCGGCUGGUCAAACAGACAAGGAGGAAGCCGUGUCUGGGUGUGACCUGCAGACACAUACACCACCCCCCUUGUUUGACCUCCCAGAGGCCAAGCCGCACUCGCAUCAGCCCACCCCUGCAUCGAGCAGUGAGAUCGGCACAGAUGGGGACAUGGUCGAGUCAAGUCCUGCAAUACAGUCAGAUUCAUGGGAUUCGAGAGAACCCGAUCCCACUGGUGCUGAGGAGCAGGAAAACACUUUACAAACCAGAGCAGCGUGUGGCCUUGCAGAGAGGGAGACACUGAGGGAAUCCACUGUGACUGAGAGGGAGCAGAUAAGAGAGCAAGUAUCAGCCGUAGAGAGAGAAAGAACAAUGCGCAACCUGGUGGACAUGCAAAAAAGGGCUGAACAGAGGCACCAGAGAGACCGGGAGCGGCAGCGGCUGAGGGUGCAGGAGCGGCUGUCAAUCAUCCAGAACAAAAAGACAGAGAAAGACCUGCUUGGACUCAAACACAUGGAGCAGCUAAAACACCUCACACAAGACCUUCCACGGGAGGACAAACAACAGCAAAAGACUGUCGUCAGGGAGCGGCUGGAACAGCUGAGACGAGAGCGCUCCCAUUUGAUGCAGUCCAAACGGGACAGAAACACUGCAGGAUUUAAGGAGCUCCUGGGUCCAGUAACGCUCUACAGAGAAACGGAAGAUACGACAGACUGAGAUUCAACACAUGCGCUUCAUCAUCACCAUAUACAACAGCAAACAGUUUGAGUGAUUAUUUGUUCCAAGUGAUGUAAUUUCACAUGAAUCAAUAAUAUCAGUCCUGUAGCUGGAGUCUGCCGUGUCCUUUCUGAUCAUACAUUGUGCAUAAACAUACGACACCUCAACAUACUCGUAGUGACUGUUUAUUAUACAGUUUAAUUAUCAUCUUGACAAACAGAAGCAUCAACAGUAAUGUCAUUUAUCAAUGACCCCUUUAACUUGUGUACACAUUAUCCCGCGGUCUAAAUUACAUACAUAUCAAGUCACAAGGUCGCAUGUUAGCAGUCUACAGAGGUUCCAUUGACUCUCCUGUGUAGUAACAUUAAUAUAUUGGCACCAACAGCCAUUAUUCACUUGUGUAAGAAACAUGACAACAGGAGAACACUGCUGUAGACUCUGCAUGCACCUGUGGACUGGGGGCUGCGUUUAUUUACAGGUGUAUGAGGGAUGGGUAUUUUGUAACAUAGGUUUGGCUAACAACUCUACAAUGGGAACAGAUGUAUAAUACAGCAGGUCCACUGGUUUCCUGCAAGAGAAAAGGACCCUCCAGUUCUGGUGAAUAAAGGAGAAAUAGUGUGCCUAGAAGAGAUUCUCAGCAACAUUCAGUUUUUUUCCCCCUUUAGUUGACCUUAUAUAGUGUCCACUUGCACUGCACUCCAACACAAAGCAGGGAUACCUGUCACACCAAUAAGCCAGAACAUUCCACAGCAGCUCGCACACAGGGCCACUGCAUUGCACACAUACACACAGAAAGAACACGAAUGUGUGAACUAAAUGAAAACACAAGUUCAAGUUCUGUGCUCUUGAACAUACUAACGAUUUAACCAACAAACAUUUCCAAACAAAAAAACAUGGUGUUAUACUCAGGGCUUUAAUAUUCUAGCAAUGUGACAGCAGAGCACUAAACAAAACCAGCAGGCUCAUUUUUAAAAUAUGACAGUCGAUCAUAGAGGACGAGGUGGAUUAAACAUGUGCAGGUCUCAGCAGGUUGUGCAGAGAACAGUCUUUCAGGGCUGCAAUCAGGUCAGCUUUUAUGACAGCACGGCACUUUGAUAGCAUUGACAUUAUGAAAUUUAAACAAGUGGCAUCAGAUUUGUUGGAUGUGUCCAGACCCUAGAUCUACAAGUGUUAGAUCUUCGGCAAGAAGCAGCAUGCGCUUUGUGCGAGACUAAACUACACCUCAUACAAGUCAACAAUAUUUGCAUUUUUACACUAGACUGGUGUUUCCCCACAGUGACAGGUAAAAGCCUAGGAUGGAAACAGGAAGUUCCAGAUCUAGGUUAGUCAGUUAACCUCUGAGAAUGAAGCUACUUUCUUGCUGGAGGUUUUAAUGAACACUAUCGCCCAAAGACAUAAAAAUGGUCAUCAAUCAUCCAGCAUAAAACUGACUUAUGGGCACACUGAAACUGUGCUGGGUGGAUAUAAGUUUAUAUGUAUGUAUAUCUCUUGUUUUAUGGAAUCACAAAAGAAGAGAUAUGUGCGUGUAUGUGCAUUAAGUCUUGAAUGGUAUUAGCAAUGACACUCAAGGGAUGUUUUAUGCUUGUGUAUGCAUGUCUUUAUGCUCGAGUCUAUUGGUGGGCACACUGCACCCCCGGGCCGUGAUGGCCCCCUUCUUCAUCAGAACUAUCGUUGUAGGCCUCUCGUCUGGCUCCACCUCCUGUGCCUUGACUCUUGUCAAAAUCUGUCAGGUCAACUUCCUCUGCAUCAGCUGUGAUAACUGGAUUCUCACCACGAGCAGGCAGCAAGCACUCGAGAUCCUAGAAGAAAUUUAUUGUAUUAAAAAGAAACCGUUCAUUGUAUAAUCAUUGAAGCUAAUUUAAGAUGUUUAACUCACAUUCAGUUUUUCAGGGCUAAUCCAGUUGUUUUCAGGGAACUGGACAUCAAACUUGAUGUAGAGGUCUCCUUUCUCAAAUGGGUUUCUGUAUUGAGGCAUGCCCUCCCCCUUCACCAUUCGAAUGCAGCCUGCCACACAAAGACUCGUUAACAAAAAGGCUUAAAGCUCAAGUGCCUGAUAUCAGCCAUUAGCAUUGCCAGUCACUUUUUGUUCCAAAAGCAAUUUAAGAUUAAUUAUAUAGAAAAUAUAUGUCAUAAUAUAUUGCAAUUACCACCUUGUUUACUAAAACGUUUUCUAAAAAAAAAACAAAAAAAAACAAAUAUCUUUUACCUGGCUCAAUAACCUUGCCAGGUGGGUAUUUGACAAGCAGCUGGCGACCAUCUAGGUGAGUGAUAGUAAUCUGAAACCCACACAGAGCUUCCACCAGGCCAAUACGUUGGACCAUGUGAAGGUCACUGCCAUCACGCCGGAAUUCCUGAAUUAGAUGCAAAUUCAAAAUUUGUUGCUUAGGUUUAAUAAAACGUGGUAGUUAGGAACAAUUGGAGUCUUUAACAGCUAUAAUAAUGCAUCUGAAAAAUCAUUAUCAGCAUUAUUGGGCUGUUUUUAUUGAGGGUACGUUACCUCGUGCUCUUUCUCUUGAAGCACCAGGACUAUGUCUCCCGGUUCUACGCCCGGUGCUUGGUCAGCUUCCCCAGAAAACGUGAUCUUUUGUCCAUGUUUCAUGCCUUUGUCUACAUGGACUUCCAGAAGCUUAGUUUCCUUGCUCACCUUAUGACCCUCACACUUUUUGCAGCGAUCCUUCUCAUUUAUCACUUCACCUGUAGAAAGAAAAAAAAACACCCAUUGAAGAGAUUGAAUCAAGAAUUGCAGAGUGAAUAGAGCACCAUUUUGCUCAUAAUUGUACACUGUCGAUUUUUCUGGUAAGUGGGUGUUCAUGGAAACAUUACCCUCUCCGUUGCAGUCUGUACAGACUGACUGCAUCUGUUGAACCAUCCCAGGGGCCAGCUGUCUAAUCAUGAUUCUCAUACCUCGUCCUCUGCAUGUCACACACUUUUGCACAGCUCCUGUUUUACCACCCUGACUAAAUGGCAAACAAAGUCUUGUUAGUUUGUGUCACUUAAAAACAAAAUAGCAGUACUACAAUUACAAACCAUUAUCCAUGUUGAUUUUAGACUGCAUACCAAUAAUGUUUUUAUAUUAGGCUGAAACUAUCAAAGCAGACUCACCCAUUGCAAGCACUACACAGCACAUUCUUACUGAGCUGCAGUUUGGUUGUUUUCCCAUUAUAAAGGUCUUCAAGAGAAACUCUGACAAAAAAGUUUGAAACAAGUUAAUCAAAUAUAUAUUAUGAACCACUUGCUAAAACAAAAAAAAAAAAAAAAAAAAAAAAGUAAA